AUGGGGGUUGACGUGGGCCAGGAGUCGAAGCGGCAGACAGACGUGGUGUUCGACGGGCACCGAUGGACCAAGUACGGCCAGAAGGUGCUGCUGCACUCCAGCUUCGUGCGGUCCUACUACCGGUGCAGCUACUGCAGCGCGGCCAAGGGGUCAUGCCCGGCGCGCAAGCUAGUCGACCGGCACCUGUCCAACCCCCACGAGAUCCGCGUGGGGUACCACGGGCGCCACAACCACGCGGGCCUCAGCCCCGCGUCGCCCACCAUCCAGCGCUCCGUCACUCCCCCCCCGGAUAUGUCCGAGUCAUCGCAGAGCAUGGCCGCUGCUGCUGCUGCCGCUGUCGCUGCUGCAGAGGCGUCGGGUUCUGUGAUGGGCGGUGGUGCGGGGGGGACCGGGGAGGCGGGGUUGAGCGGAGGUGGGGAAGGUCAGUCUGUGGCAGAGGGGGGGAAUGCGCGGAUCCCAAUGCAGUUUGGGGAUUUGGGGGGGGAGGGAGAGGAGGGCGCGGAGGGGGGUGAAGGGGGGGGCCAAGACCUGGACUACAAAACGUUUGAAGCCAUGCUGAGCCACGGCGAGGAGAUUCUGGUGGGCAUGGACGACGAAGGGGGGGGCGAGGAGGAAGGGGGGGAGCAGGGGGAGGGGGAGGUGGAGGGUGGUAGGGAGGGGGCGCAGCAGGGGGGGCGGGGGGAGCAGGCGGAGGUGGAUGAGCGCAGCUGGCGGUCGCUGCAGCUGCCUGAAGAUGGGUACCUGUGGGACCCGCCCCGCCGCCACAAGCCGCUCGUCAACUCCAUGUACAUCCGGUGCGUGGGGGGAGGGGUAAGGGUGGCAAGGGGUGCGCUUAUGCAUGUUGUGAUGAUGGGGUGGGGCGCUGCAGCUGCCAGGGGAUGGGUACCUACCUGCAGCGCCAGGUGUCCAGCAGUGCGAGUGGUGGAUAUCCACCGCGCCAACGCGUCCUCCCUGCAGCUCACCUACACGCGCCCCCACUGCCACCCCCAGCCCGUCCGCAUUCGCCUCACCCGCCGCCCCGCCACCCCCCGCUCCUCCACCCCCCCCUCCGCCAGCCCCCCUUCCGCCACCCCCCCCUCCGCCACCCCCCCUUCCGCCAGCACCCGUUCCGCCACCCCCCCCUCCGCCCCUCCCCGCGCCACAACCCCUCGCUCGCGCUCCCUCUCUGCUGGCAGGCGCAAGGGGGAAGGGGGCGGGCGUGGGGAAGGCAGGGGAGGGGCUGAGGACGGGGGAGGAGUGGGGGGAUGGGGAAGAUCUGGGGAAAAAGGGGUGGGGGGCGGGGCGGAAGUGGAAGUGAGGGCGCUGGGGGGUGUGGCUGGGGUGGUGGGAGCAGAUGGGAUGGGUGGAGUGGAUGGGGCGGUGGGAGCAAACGGGACAGGCAGAGCAGAAGGGAUGAUAGGAGGAGAAGGGAUGGUGGGAGGUGGGGGGGUGGUGGGAGGAGAAGGGGUGAUAGGAGGGAUGGUGGGAACAUGGGCAGGUGUUAGGGGUGACUCUGGCCUAAGUGCUGGCACUGGUGGUGGUGGGGGAGGUGGUGGUGGUGGUGGUGGUGCGUUGGGUGCACAGGUGGCGUUGGGUGCACAGGGGGCGUUGGGUGCGCAUGGGGCAUUGGAUGAAGGUGGGGCGUUGGAUGAAGGUGGGGCGUUGCCUGUGCCAGGAGGGGUGUGUGGCACUACUGACAGGCUGGGCCCAAGCCCGCCGCUCAAGCGAGCAAAGCUCUCAACACCUACGAAUCAUGCAGCACCCCUCCAUCCUGCAUCGAGUGCGCUCACCCGCACGGUUUCAGGGCAGGACCAGUCGUGGGGGGGCUUGAUGGGAGGAGGGAUGGGAGGAGCAGGAGGAGCAGGGAUGGGAGGAGGAGCAGGAGGAGGAGCAAGAGGAAGGGGGGAGAGAUGGGGUGCAGGAGGGGCACGGCGAGUGGAAGGAGGGUUGACUCGAGCGUUUCGGGAGGCGGAGGCUGGGAAGGGUGGGGCGACGGCUGGGCUUGGCCCUCCACGCCCCACUCCAGCCCCACAGACAGCGUCACCACUGCAACACACACUUGCCCCGUCCCCCUACCUCCUCGUUUCCCUCCCCCAGGCCUUUCCUUGGCUGCGAUUUCACCUGGCAUUUCGCCUGGCACUUCACCUGGCGUCUCCCCCUUAG